AUGACCGCGGUACCGCUGGCUUCGAUAUCUGGCGAUCCUUUUGCAAACCGCUUCUCAACGUACAAUGCUCUCUACGGCUCAAAGUCAUACUCCUUGCGCUCCUUGAAAGAAGCAUUUACUGCCGUUCCUAUGCCGUCACCGCCCAAACUCGAAGGGGCAUCGCUUGAGGAAUCAGCUCAAUUAAUCGAACAAAACUAUGGUGUUCUGCUUGACCGACCGCUCGCUCAGUUCCGUUCUCACAAUCGCAAUUCGCUUUACUCACCUGCGGACGCAGCUGAAAGAUCACAUUCUCAAAAGGAAUGGAAUGCGAGACCUUACAAUAAGCUUUCCUUGUUGCGUAGCCAGGGACGUCCUAGACCCAGUAGCCCAUCAACGAUCUGCGUGUCCCCAGCCCAUAGUACUCCUGAGCCUGAUAUCCUUCCCCCAAUACCAAAACCAAUCGAUACUCGUUUGCCGCAUGAGUCCUUUCUACCUACUCCAGAUCUGUCGCCUGUCCUUCCAAUCGCUGGCCCUGCGGAAACGUUUUCAUGGCUCGACCACACUAACAGAUACGAAGUCUCAGGCUCUUCUCUAGAUUCUUUGACAUCAGACGAAGCUCCAGAAAUAAUAGAUGAAGACUUCUUUGCUUGGCUUGCUCUCCAAGAACAGCUCACUCGAACUGACGCAGAGGACUUCUCCCAUCCUCCGUCAUUCCCAAAAUUGGCUAGGAACGUUGUAACUCCUCCCUUAAGCAUUCAUUCCUUAGAACCUCACCUUUCUCUCUCGACAUUGGGUGAUAAAUCUGGUUUGUCGUUGCCAUCCCCGCCUCCAACCACCAAACUCCCCGUCGUAGCUGUAUUCAAUGAAGAUGGAUUUAGCGAUGGACCACACGCUGGAACUUCAAUUCCCAAUCCCACUCAUUAUCCACAGACAUUGGAGCAAAAUCUGGGGGGUCCUGUUCCCAAAGCAGAAGAAGUCAUCGCGGAACUGCAGAACCUUAGUUACGUCUUCCAACAAAACUUUGAGGCUUCCGAGGCGACAACGCAGUCGGGGACAAUGACACCAUCUAGAUAUCCUGGUGUGAUGGGAUGUAAGGAGCGAGACGAUGAAGUCAAGGAACUGAACGAAGAUGACAUGGCGAGUGCUGAAGCGGAUAGAUUGUCCCUUUUAAUGUUAGAGAUGAGCAUCGAGGAAGAACGACAAGCAGAGACACUUCGCGAGAUUGCUGGGAAACUCGAUAACUUGACGCACCUCCGGCGUUCUGUGGCGGCUGCGCUCGCUAAUAUGUAG